UUAAUGAUGGCCCAAAUGGAAGGAGGUUGUCCUGUUGAUUACAACACCAUUACAGAUCUUUUUCUUCAGAGGAACUUGAUACGGGAGGCAACAGCUUUUCUCUUGGAUGUUCUUAAGCCCAAUUUGCCAGAACAUGCUCAUCUCCAAACUAAGGUCCUUGAAAUCAACCUUGUAACAUUCCCUAAUGUUGCUGAUGCCAUAUUAGCUAAUGGUAUGUUCAGUCACUAUGAUCGGCCUCGGAUUGCUCAACUUUGUGAGAAAGCAGGUCUUUAUGUCCGAGCCCUUCAGCAUUACAGUGAAUUGCCAGAUAUCAAACGUGUCAUUGUGAAUACUCAUGCAAUAGAGCCACAGUCUCUUGUAGAAUUUUUUGGGACUCUAUCACGGGAAUGGGGAUUGGAGUGCAUGAAGGAUCUUUUACUGGUCAAUUUGAGAGGAAACCUUCAGAUAAUUGUUCAGGUUGCCAAGGAAUAUUGUGAGCAGCUGGGUGUUGAAUCAUGUAUUAAACUUUUUGAGCAAUUUAAGUCAUAUGAAGGCCUUUACUUCUUUUUGGGGUCGUAUUUGAGCUCUAGUGAGGAUCCUGACAUACACUUUAAGUACAUUGAGGCGGCUGCAAAGACGGGACAAAUUAAGGAGGUUGAGCGUGUCACAAGGGAAUCAAAUUUCUAUGAUGCUGAAAAAACCAAGAAUUUUCUAAUGGAAGCAAAGCUUCCUGAUGCAAGGCCAUUGAUCAAUGUGUGCGAUCGCUUUGGAUUUGUUCCGGAUCUCACUCACUACCUCUAUACCAACAACAUGCUUCGGUAUAUUGAAGGUUAUGUUCAGAAGGUCAAUCCUGGGAAUGCUCCAUUAGUUGUGGGACAGCUUCUUGAUGAUGAGUGCCCUGAGGAUUUCAUCAAAGGUUUGAUCCUUUCAGUCCGAUCUCUGCUUCCGGUUGAGCCUCUUGUGGAUGAGUGUGAAAAGAGGAAUAGACUUCGGUUACUAACUCAGUUUUUGGAGCAUCUUGUGAGUGAAGGAAGCCAAGAUGUCCAUGUCCAUAAUGCAUUGGGCAAGAUUAUUAUAGACAGCAAUAACAACCCGGAGCACUUCCUGACCACCAACCCGUAUUAUGAUUCACGUGUUGUGGGGAAAUACUGUGAGAAGCGUGAUCCCACGCUUGCUGUUGUUGCAUACCGCAGAGGACAAUGUGAUGACGAACUUAUUAAUGUAACAAACAGGAACUCUCUGUUUAAGUUGCAAGCGAGAUAUGUUGUGGAGAGGAUGGAUGGUGAUCUUUGGGAGAAGGUUCUUAACCCAGAGAAUGAAUAUAGAAGGCAACUCAUUGAUCAAGUUGUCUCUACUGCUCUGCCUGAGAGCAAGAGCCCUGAGCAGGUUUCUGCUGCUGUUAAAGCUUUCAUGACUGCUGAUCUUCCCCAUGAACUAAUUGAGCUCCUUGAGAAAAUUGUCCUCCAAAACUCUGCUUUUAGUGGGAAUUUCAAUCUGCAAAACCUGCUUAUCUUGACUGCCAUUAAGGCGGACCCAUCACGAGUUAUGGACUACAUCAACAGAUUAGACAACUUUGAUGGACCUGCUGUUGGAGAGGUUGCUGUAGAAGCACAACUUUAUGAAGAAGCAUUUGCAAUAUUCAAGAAGUUCAACUUAAAUGUUCAAGCAGUCAAUGUUUUGUUGGAUAAUAUCCAAAGUAUUCCACGGGCUGUUGAGUUUGCAUUCCGAGUCGAAGAAGAUGCUGUGUGGAGCCAGGUGGCUAAAGCUCAACUCAGAGAUGGACUAGUGAGUGAUGCAAUAGAGUCAUUCAUCCGUGCUGAUGAUGCUACUCAAUUCUUGGAUGUUAUUCGUGCUUCUGAGGAUACAGAAUGUUACCAUGAUUUGGUGAAGUAUCUCCUGAUGGUUAGAGGGAAGACCAAGGAGCCAAAGGUGGACAGUGAGCUUAUCUAUGCGUAUGCAAAAAUCGACAGGUUGAGUGACAUUGAGGAAUUUAUCCUCAUGCCAAAUGUUGCUAACCUACAUAAUGUUGGUGAUCGUUUGUUUGAUGAAGCUUUGUAUGAGGCUGCCAAGAUCAUAUACUCCUUCAUCUCCAACUGGGCUAAGCUGGCAGUCACACUCGUGAGACUGCAACAGUUUCAAGGGGCUGUUGAUGCUGCUCGUAAAGCAAAUAGUGCAAAGACAUGGAAAGAAGUUUGCUUCGCUUGCGUUGAUGCUGAGGAGUUCCGCUUAGCUCAAAUAUGCGGUCUCAAUAUUAUUGUGCAGGUGGAUGAUCUGGAAGAGGUGAGCGAAUACUACCAAAAUAGAGGAUGCUUCAAUGAGCUGAUAUCUCUUAUGGAGAGUGGUUUAGGGUUGGAACGGGCUCAUAUGGGCAUCUUCACCGAGUUGGGUGUCCUCUACGCUAGAUACCGUCAUGAGAAGUUGAUGGAGCAUAUUAAACUCUUCUCGACCCGUCUUAACAUUCCAAAGUUAAUCCGUGCUUGUGACGAGCAACAACACUGGAAGGAACUUACCUAUUUGUAUAUUCAAUAUGAUGAGUUUGACAACGCUGCCUCGACUGUCAUGAAUCAUUCUCCAGAAGCUUGGGAUCAUAUGCAAUUUAAAGAUAUUGCAGUUAAAGUGGCAAAUGUUGAGCUCUACUACAAGGCGGUUCACUUCUAUUUACAAGAACAUCCCGACCUUAUCAAUGAUGUUCUCAAUGUCCUUGCACUACGUGUUGACCACACACGUGUGGUGGACAUAAUGCGUAAGGCGGGCCAACUUCCUCUUGUGAAACCAUACAUGGUUGCAGUUCAGAGCAAUAAUGUAUCUGCUGUAAACGAGGCACUGAAUGAAAUAUACGUCGAGGAGGAAGACUACGAUAGGUUGCGUGAAUCUAUUGAUUUGCAUGAUAACUUUGACCAGAUUGGCCUUGCACAGAAGAUUGAGAAACACGAGCUUCUUGAGAUGAGGCGUGUGGCUGCAUAUAUUUACAAGAAGGCCGGUAGAUGGAAGCAGUCUAUUGCAUUGUCUAAGAAAGACAAGGUUUACAAAGAUGCAAUGGAGACUGCCUCACAAUCUGGGGAUCGUGAGCUUGCUGAAGAGUUGCUUGUUUAUUUCAUCGACCAGGGAAAGAAGGAAUGCUUUGCUUCGUGUCUCUUUGUUUGUUAUGAUUUGAUUCGUCCAGAUGUUGCUCUUGAGCUAGCCUGGUUGAACCACAUGAUUGACUUUGCCUUCCCGUAUCUGCUUCAGUUUAUCCGUGAAUAUACUGGUAAGGUUGAUGAACUAAUCAAGGACAAGAUAGAAUCAAUCAAGGAAAAUAAGGCCAAGGAGAACGAGGAGCAGGAUGUCAUUAAACAGCAGAAUAUGUAUGCCCAACUGCUCCCACUUGCUCUACCUGCUCCACCGGGUAUGGGUGGUGGUCAAAUGGGUGGCGGAUUUGCUCCACCACCACCCAUGGGUGGAAUGGGAAUGCCGCCAAUGCCCCCGUUUGGAAUGCCACCAAUGGGUUCAUAUUGACAGAAGUGUUACCUUUAGUGAAUAGUGGUGGUUGCUUCUGGGGGAAAUGCUUUACCUUUUUUUUUGAAGAAAGAGUUGGUUGUUUGUUUUGGGGGUGAAUUUGGUGUUUUCUAUCAUUAUCUAGUUGUGUGGAUAUGUUUUCCUUGUAAUAUUCUUUUGGGUAGACGGAGAUGAGACAUAUUUUUUGCAGCUGGCAGGGCAGCAAAAUGAGAGUAUAAUGUGUAAUGUGUACCAAAACAAAGGGGGUUGAUAGGAUGGAUAUGCAACUUGUUAUACUGGUUUCAACUUGUGUUUCUUUGUUUUUGAAUAUUGGCUUCUUUUAGGUAAUCGUAGUCUUUUUAAUUGUACAACUCAGGUUUAUAUGGUUCUUUAAGGAUCAGUUACAUGAUGGGUUUGGAUUUUUUCUCU